AUGGAUCCAUUUCACUUACCAGGGUUCUUCCCUUCGAAACCACUAUAUGAUCCAUUCAUAGACAACCCAAAAGGUCUACCGGGACAUAUACUCUUUCCGAUAUUCUUAAUCCUAAUUGCCCCAUCAACAUUGUUCUUUGUCCUAUUGGUUCGACAAACAAGUUUACGUCCUUCAAGAAAAAAGACAGCAACGAUACUAGUAAUAGGUGAUAUUGGUAGAAGUCCGAGGAUGAUGUAUCAUUCAUCUAGUUUAGCUAAAAAAGGAUAUGAAGCAUGGAUAAUAGGAUACAACGAAACUAAACCAAUCAAUGACUUAAUUGAUAAUUCGAAUAUUCAUAUAUUACCUUUGAUUGAACCACCAAAAUCAUUAUCGAUUCUACCUUGGUUCAUACGAGCUCCAAUAAGAGUCAUAUAUCAAAUAUAUUCGGUUAUCCAUCUGAUCAUUUGGGUCAUACCAUGUAAUACUGAAUACCUAUUCAUCCAAAAUCCACCUUCAAUCCCUACUUUGGCUGUAGCACAAUUCAUUGUCCUGAACACUGGCUCAAAAUUGGUUGUUGAUUGGCAUAAUACUGGUUAUUCAAUUUUAGCAAUGAGAUUAGGAAUGAAAUCACCUAUAGUCAAAGUAGCGAGAUGGGUCGAAAAGACAUUCGGGCAAUCUGCGUAUGCUCAUUUAUUCGUAACGAGGGCAUUGGAAGAGUUCUUAGUGAAAGAAUGGCAACUUGAAGGACGAAAAGCAGUUUUACAUGAUCGACCACCAUCACAUUUCCAACAUACAUCAGUGCCGCAACAACAUGACCUUUUCACUAAACUACUACCAAUGUUAUCACCUUCGUUACCACCUUCUUUGAUUGGUGAAGGAGAUUCCAUUCUUUUUACUCAGAUAUCUUCUGGAGAAGCUCAAUUGAGAUCUGAUAGACCAGCUUUAGUCGUCUCUUCAACAUCUUGGACAGCCGAUGAAGAUUUCUCUUUACUCGUGACCGCUCUUGACGCUUAUCAAAUCUCCCUCAACGCCGGUACUGAUCUUCCAAAAUUGAUAGUAAUCAUCACUGGUAAAGGAGGUUUACGACAAGCUUUCGAGAAGAUAGUCCAAGGAAGGGAAAGAACAACUUGGAAAGAUAUAACAGUAAGAUGUGUUUUCGUACCUUCAGAAGAUUAUCCUACAUUACUCGGAUCAGCAGAUCUAGGUGUCAGUCUACAUAGUAGUUCGUCAGGUAGAGAUCUCCCUAUGAAAGUUGUGGAUAUGUUCGGUUGUGGUAUACCUGUACUGGCUAGGAAAUUUGGUUGUAUCGGUGAAUUAGUCAAAGAUGGUAAGAAUGGAAUGGUUUUUGAGGAUGGUGAGGAGAUGGGAAAACAGUUGAUCAAUGUGAUGGACGGGUUUCCAUCUUCAAAUAAGCUGGAUGAUCUCAAAAAGUACUUUGAUAAGCCUCAAAGUUCAUACCCGGACGCGACAAAGUCAGGAAAGCCAGGAAAUCCAGAAGAUGAGUGGUCAACAUGGGAUGAGAAUUGGGAUAAGGUGGUAUACGAUGGCCUGCUGAAUACUAGCAGGAGAUGA